AUGGUUGCCAUGGAUCAAUAUUAUUCGAAUCUGUCUGCGAUGGAGGGAAUAAUUCGGAAUUGGGAUCCUGUAAAAAAGAUUGUCGAACCGUCUGUUACAGUAAAAACCAAAGCACCGAGAAGCGCCAAAUCCAAAGAUACAGGACGAGACGCAGUCAGCAAUAUACAGACGGACGUGAACAAAUUUCAAUUGUGGUACGUGAAAGCCAGCGAUCCCUGGCAAAACUGUAUAUACGAUAUGGUUGUCGCACAAAUGGGCGAGAACGUUUUAGCAAAACAUGCACUUCAAGCCGAGCGAACGCCUAAACCUAACCUCACGUCCGAACUUUAUUCCGUUCUGACAUCGAGGUCCGUUCAGAAGCGAGACAGACAAGUUCUCGGAGACGCGUACCAGCUGGUUUCCAUAACUCCAGCACCAGACAUCCUGUCGGUCAGCGGAUCCACACAAGUCACCGACUUAACUGUAUCAGAAAAUCGCGCUGGAACUCGGCGAACUAACAGAAGGCAGAAACGGGGAUCGUCCAGUAAAACGGAUGAUCAGUCGUUGGUCACGGCGACGAUGGAGAACACGAACACGAGUAAUGCCAGCUUCACAGAGGGACUCCUCGAGGAGCCUUUGAAGCCACGAUGGAUCCUGCAACCGAAUGAGACACAGACGUUUAAGGUCCGUUUUCAGCCGAAAGAAACGGGUCUGUACGAUGAAAUCUACGCCGUUACCAUCGCAGAUGGGAAUAAUGUCACUUACGAGGUGAAUAUCAACGGCGUCGCGGACAUACCAAGACUGGACAUGAAUCCCGAAUCGAUUUUCGAUAAAGUUAUGGACACCACUGUGAAUACAAGCGAUCCCGCGUACUUUCUUGACCGCCAGAUUUACGAUUUCGGAUCGAUACUUGUCCUGCCGAAAGACAGAAGGCCGCACUGGCGCGAAACAGAAUUUAAGUUCCGUAACGUUUCGCGCGCGGAAGCGGAGGUGUGCUUCUCUCUAUCGGAAAACAACGACAACUGCUUCUCCAUCCAGACCGAAAGCAUGCUUAUUCUUCCAGGGGAACACGGAGUUCUGAUCUUGUCGGCCACUACCACGAAGCUUGGUACCAACUCAGGGAGCUUGUACCUAUGCGUGAAGAAUAAUCCGAAGGCCGAAGUGAUCCGAUUCCAAAGCGAAGGUACGAAGCUAGACAUCGAACUGGACCAGAAACAAAUCUCUUUUGGUAGCAUCCUACUCUACCGUAGAGAGUUCCAGACACUGACGAUUCGAAACAAAAACGGAAUAGAGAUUUCGUGGAGCUUAGAGCCCGAGGAAUCGCUCGAUCCUCAGAUCACGUUUGCACCGAAUCGAAACGCAAUUAAACCAUGGGACGAACAGAAGAUCGAAUUCUGUUAUCAUGGCGUCAAUAUAGGCAUUAUCAAGACGCAGACGAUGAUAUUCAAAGCGUUUCUGUACGAGAAUGACGAUCCAAUUUUCACAGAGGUCGUUCGAUUAUCGGGACAGACUUACGAUGUCUCUGUUGAUAUCGAUCACGCGAACCCUAUCGAUCUGAAACGGAUAAAGGUCAACGUUCCCUCUAGUGGUUUGUUCACCAUGAGAAAUCGCGGCAAUUACGAAGUGCAAUUCGUAAUCAUAAUGAAAACGAAGGAAGAAUUGGCGAAGUUGAAUUUACCCAUUAAUCUGAGGAAAAAUCUUGAAGUUCUACCCUCAUCCGGUACCAUUCUACCGAACAGCGAAAGAGUCGUCGAAGUGGUAAUCGUAACGAAGACCGAACUGACUCUUCGUGAGGCUCAAAUAUUGAAGUGUCAUUUAGUCGACAACAACAAAGAAACAACUAUAGUCGCUGAGAUUCCUCUCGCAGUUUCCUUCGAUGCUUAUUACACCAGAUUUCGAGUUUACCCAUAUCCUUCCGUGGACUUCGGAACGAUGGCAUUAUGUACCGAGAAAACCAUGUACCUCAACAUAGAAAACACCGGUAAAUUCACGUUGCGUUACACCAUACGCAUUUCACGGAGUCAUCCGUCCAUGCUGUAUAGGAAUCAGAUGUCGAACGAAGGUUCGCGUAAAAAGAAAAGUCUAACGGCGAGAACCACUGCGUCGAAGAAGAGCAAAAAGUCCGUGAAACUUAAGAAGACAGAAAUCAAGGCUCAAAACAAACCGGAACAAUUGAUCGUGGGUCCAAUGACGAUAAGUAAAACGGAAGGUGACGUUGGUGUGGGCCAAACGGAAUCCAUCGCCGUCACUUGUCGUCCAGAAUUCGUCGGUUCUCAAGACGAAAAGAUUAUGGUUCUCGUGAACGAUACCUCGCCCGAAGACAGCAACGGGAAAGAGAUUACGUUGCUAGUGCUUUCGUUAGUGCCGUCGGUAGACUUUGAGGAUUUCGAUUCGAUGUUCCAAGAAAAUCACGUGGUCGACUAUAUUCAAGACUCUGAUUGCCCUAAAGAGAUUGGAUCGCAUACGGUGUUCGCGCGUCAAGAAACAUGCCUCUACUUCCGGUACGUCAGCGUGACAACCACCCACACAACGUGCUUCAAGUUGUACAAUCGAAAUAUAGUUCCAGCGAACGUGGAGGUGUUGUUUAUCCCGGAUUCACGGACGUUAAAGACAGCAAAAUCCGACACGUUCGUCGUGGAACCUAGAAGCGAAGAAGUGCUACCGUCAAGUUACAAAACGUUCGCGGUAUCUUUCACGCCAGCCACCAUAGAGACGUUCCAUGGAACAUUGGAAGUGACGAUACUUCUGCCUCCGCACUUGGCGGACGAGAAGCUAUUCAUCAAAGUGAUCGGAGAAUCCUGUGUACCGGAAGUGGUGAUCACAGAGCCAAUGCAUGGAAAACGCGAAAAUAUUACGUUGAAUUUCGCUCGUACAUUGGUCAACGAGACCGGUUCCAAGCAGUUCGCUUUGGAAAAUGUGGGAUUCAUUAAAGCCAAGGUGAUCAUCGAGAUCGAUGAAGAUCAGGACAGCGUGUUCACCUUCGAAAUCGCUCCUGAAACAAAGGAUCUCUUGCGAAUCGUGGACAGUAAUUGCUACGAACCAAACGACAGAUGCACUGUUGUCCGUCUGAAGCCCGGAAACGUGGCCCGUUUCAAAGUGAGAUUUUCUCCGACCGAUAUCAGCAGAUACACCGGAAAAAUACGAGUGUUUAUCGUUGACAAUCCUUACGAGAAUAUGGCAAUUAACCUAGAAGGAGAAUCGUACAUGGAACCAAUCAUUCUUGAGGGUCUCGAAUUUGAAGAGACGAAACGUAGAUCCAAGGAAGAGAAUCAGGCAUCUAUGCAUAAGGGACGAAAACUCUCGUCGAGACAAGCCAGCAUGGCAUCAGUACGACCAAGCUCAACAUUCGCGGCGUCUCUAUCCUACGUUCUCGACUACGGGCUCUGUCACGUCAGUAAGAUGUACACACAGAUGUUCAAGAUCACGAACAAGUCGGCGGACCGGUGGUUCCGAUUCCAAUGGAACGCGCAUCCCAACAUUGUAUUCGUGCCAUCGAUCGGUCACAUCAAGUUCCAGACAUGCAAAGAAAUUGUUGCUACCUUCUUGGCAUCGGAACCCGUGAAUUAUAGCAAUACUCGUAUCGAGUGCAUCGUCUGCGAGAUUCUUGUCACGCAACCGAACGACGAUACGGCUUGGGACGACAGACAGACGGAAGUACGAUGGGAAAUACUGCACCCUGAUUUACUUGAACAACCGAAGGAGACGAAAACAUUGACAAAAAAGAUCGUGCAACCCGCUCCUGAGCCACAAACAGACAUCGUACCGGGGACCGGCAAGUGCAUCCAAGUUUUGCUGAACGCGACCGUUGCGUUCACGGAAUAUUCCUGUCCUAUCCAGGAAAUUCAUUUCAAAGACACGCUGAUGUUUCAGACAAGAGGAUACAGGUUCACCGUGUCGAAUCUGGGGCUGGUGAACACGCAAUACGUUUGGAAAAUAAGCAUGGACGAGCAAUAUCCGACAAGAUAUAUGGGUGACAGCCCGAACGCGACUUGCAGACCGAGAACCGCGGAGAACUCACGUUCCCGGCCGAAUUCGCGAUCAUUCCGCGGUAUUUUCUCCGCAACAAGUGAACAGCCACGUCAUAGAAACGACGACGGGACCGGAAAGAACGGAGGCGACUGCGGGAAUUUAUUUACACGACGAUGCACACCCGCGUUGUCUGAUACCUUCGAGUUAAAACCCCCCAGCACGAGGCCGUCGGAUCUUUUCAGCAGCACCGCCGGUUUAUCCGAACGGACCACCGAUAGCUGGUUAGAGGGGGACGAUAUGCCGUUCUCGAUUUAUCCCGAGGAAGGAUCCAUUCCGCCACGGGAAUCCGUGGAAUUCACGCUCAAGUUCUCACCCGUGGACGUGUUUUAUUACAAAGCAUACCUGAAAUGCGGGCUAGAGAACCUUCGUCCAGAACAAUCGGAUUUGUCGAUUCUAGUCACGGCCAGAAGUUUACUGCCAUAUUGUCAUUUCGACGUGGAGGAUAGCGACUACGUAACCAGCGGCAGACGGGAUCCAACGCGACCCAGCCCGCUGGGAUCCGUUGCGGAGGAUCCCACUUUGUGGCAGAAUAUCAGGGUAAUCGAAUUUAAAGUGGUCGGUGUCGGCGAGACUCACGUCAAGAAUUUUCAUCUCAUCAAUCCAACGAUGGACAAUUACUGUUUUACCUGGAAGGAUCAAACGUGCCGUACCGUUGACGAGAUAUCGAAUUUUCAUUGCACGGUGCCCGAAGGUAUCGCGGAACGCGGGAAACAAACCGACUUGGCUUUCACGUUCUUGGCAGAAAACGUCGGCGUUUACGAAUCCUUCUGGCUCUUCUCCAUCAAGAGAUACAAUUUGGAGUGCCAUUUUCUGGUCGUCGGGAUCGUCACCGAGCCCUCGGUGCACUUGCUUACGGUCCACGUGAAACUGAAGCCGACAAUCUUAGGAUAUACCGUACAUGACUCGAUUCGACUGUUAAACGACGAAAGUUUCGAUAUUCCGUUCAGAAUAUUAGAAGAAUCCUUGUAUUCGGAGGGUAAAUAUCAAAAGCUCACCGUGACUCCAAUGACUGGAAUUCUAGCAUCGAAGACAGAACAGUCAUUAUGGGUCGAGUACCAUCCAACCCAGCUCGGUGAAUUCCACUUUUCCAUUCAGUGCGCCGUAAGGCUGAUGAAAAGUUCUCUCACGGUUUUCGUAGCCGCCUCCGUUUACGAGAUCGUCUCUUCGGUCUCCUAUUCCAUCGCGACUGGAAAAAUCGUACAACCUUACACGGACAAGGAAAAUGUCGUUGACCUGGGCAAGUUGAUACUGAAAGUGCCAAUUAAUGUCAAGUUCGACAUCGGCAAUUCUGGCAAGACAACAUUUUAUUACGCUUGGAAUCUCGGUAUGACACCGGAAAUCUCCUGCAGAAACGCCUACAAUCUCGAGAUGCAUCAAAAACAGGGAUAUGUGUCCAGUAAAUCUCGAUCGAUCUGUAAUUUAACGGUCACAGCGUUUCAGAGAACUGUGAUUAAAAAUCACUGUGUGACUCUGGAGAUUGCCAAUGGCCCGACCUAUCGAUUCUUAUUGAAUGCCACUUCGAAGAAGAUCGCUGUCCAAUUCAGUUUCGAUCGCUAUGAUUUCGGACCUUGCUACGUUCAACAAACAAAUGGAAUAACGUACCGUACUGAACUAUGCGUGACCAAUUCCGAGGACGUACCUGUCAUAGUUGAAUGUAAUUUCGAGGAGCAACCGCAUCUAUCAGUCGACUUGAACGCCAUCUCCGAAGCUCUGUCUGCUCGAUCAACGAUCGUUAUACCGAUCGUUUUUCGACCGCUGAAGGAAACGAAAUACCACGAAUAUUUAGUCUUCAAACUCAACUCGGUAUACGAGAAGAAAAUACCUAUCACCGGCGAAGGAAUACCUUAUAAGAUCCGUUUGGUGAAUCCCCGCGACAAGUUAAUUGAUGUAGGCGGUGUUCCCGUCGCAAAAUCCGUCGUGAGAAAGGUUCCAGUAGUGAACGAGGGUCGGUCGCCGGUCGACGUGAAGUUCGAUCUAAUAAAAAAUCUCAGCGCUUACGGGGCGUAUCGGGAACGAGAAAGAUCUCUCUCUGUCAAACAGACCGAAGAAUACAUACUGCAGAUGGAGAAAGCCUCCGUGGUGGAAACGAAACGUUCCUGGACACUGGACACGCAAUUGCAGACCGGAGAACCGAGACUUUCGGAUGUUUUGACCAUCGAGCCAUCCUCGAACAUCAUUCUGCGUCCGAACAAAAGGAUCGAUGUUGUGAUGCGAUUCAAGCCUACAGCGAGAAUGAAAAAUUUUGCAGGAAAGGUGGGCCUUCAGACGUCAUCAGUCAUUUUACCACUGUUCAUGGUACACGGAAGCUGCGUCGGGGCGGAAUUCCAGUUGAACAGAACUCACUUCUCGUUCGGAACGGUUGUCGAAGGCUGCACAAGGAAAUCCAAGGUGGUUCUGAUGAACAUCGGUGACUUGGGUGCAAGGUUCAAAUGGAACACGUCGAAAUUGCCGGCAGAUUUUACAAUCAACCCCGCGUCUGGCUAUUGCUCCCCCGGAAUGGAUGUCAACUUCGUUAUCAAGUUCCAACCCUCUCAGCAGCGCAGUUUAAUUGAGGGUGUGGCGAUAAUAGAAAUAGAAAAGUAUACACCUCUGAGUAUAAAGAUUACUGGUGGCUGUUGUACAUUACCAGAACCAAUGGAGACCGUGUUUUUCACGUCUGUGGUACGCCAACAAGAAACGCAAGCUAUAAACGUCACGAACAGUGCGAACUUGACUUGGUCAUUAAAGCCAGAAGUGACCGGCGAUUAUUUUUUCGUUGACAAUGCCUUACACGUCCCCGCGAAAGGAUUUGGUUCUUGCAUGGUCACGUAUGCUCCUCUAGUCAUGAACACUGAGGAUACUCGGCAUACGGGUACGCUAUUGAUUAAAUUACCAGACGAAGGAACUCCCUUGAUAUAUUCUCUCCGUGGGAGCAGCUUACCUCCGGAGGUCCUCGCUAAAAUCCAUCGAAAAUUCCCAGCGAAAACGAAAUACACCGAAUUGUUACCUGUACACAAUUGGCUUGACAAACAGCAACGAUUCUCCUGUAAAAUUGAGCCAGUGAAACCUAGCUCUGUGAAGUUAAACCAUAUUCCUGUCUUUGAUUUCUCCGGCAACGAUAGUAUCGACAUUCCAUCAAACAGCCAUCGCGACUAUCGUGCAGUGUUUUACUCUUAUGAAGAAUACAAUUUUCACUUCAAGGUAACGUUUACCAACGAGGAUAACGAGUAUCAAUUUUAUGAAAUUGAAUACGACGUGACAAAACCGGAAGUGCUCGAAACUAUCAAAUUGUCGACUUCGGUACGUUCUCAAGUAUGUCACUGUUUGAAGUUGGACAAUCCUCUGAAAGGCGACGCGAUAACUUACACAACAGAUUGCCAGGAACCGUUCAUUAUAAUUCGUGAUCUGCCGAAAACUGUGCGACCGUUAUCCCAUGAACACAUAACCAUACAAUAUUGUCCAAUGCUGCAAACUGAGGAGACUGUCGUUCUUCUCGACAUUUACUGCCAAGAACUUGGACAUUUUCCGUAUGAAUUAAGAUUGAAAGCCGCACCAGCUGUUCCGGAAAAAGUGACCCGUGUAAGCGCAAUUCUUGGAGCCGCUUGCACAUUUCCGCUUUUUGUGAUAAACUACACGAAGCGCAAUGCCCAGUUUACCAUUCAAAUCGAUAACGAUUGUUUCACGAGUAGGAGACAGAUCGAAAUAGCAGAAUUUAGUAAUGGAAAGAUAGAAGUCACAUAUGAGCCAUGCUGUAUUGAAACUAUUACCGCUAAAUUAACUGCUUCGUCAAAAACUGCAGGAAAUUUUGUAUUUCCUUUGAUUGGUGCCUGCUUCUUACCGAAGCCUACAGGGCCUUAUAUCAUCACCCAGAAAUCAUCGAUUUCGUUAUCUUUUAAGAAUGUUUUUAAAGACACUAAAACCUUCAAUUUUUUCGUUGACGUGCCAGCGAUUUUUGCAACGGAAAUACAAUCAGCAACUCUGGAUCCUAAACAAAGUAUAGACAUCAAAGUGAGCAUUCUCGAAAACAAAGAAGAAGAAUUUAUGGAAGAAAAGUAUCCAGUUACGGGAAAGCUUCUAAUAUACUGUACUGACAAUAAUCUUUCUAAUAUCAAUUGGAUAUAUUAUUUAAGAGGAGUUUCUGAAUGA